CAACCAUCUGCAAUGAUCACUUUGAGUGCUAUUGGGAAUUGUUUAAUUGCAUUUAAUUAAUAAACAAAAAAAGAGUGGUCUUUCGACAAAAAAAUGUUGAAGUUUCUCAUUUUUGCAUAAAUUAAAUACUUCUUGUAUUGCUCAUAUUGAGUAAGUGCUGACCUUGUAACAACUGAAGCUUAAACAAAACAUAUUCCACGUUUGCCAUCGUAUCACAACGGAUUCAAGAUGUUGUUUCGAAGAUGUUACCUCCGACGCUACAGCUCAAGCACAAUAUUCUUCACAGUGGCUGCAUCUUUAGCAUUUACUUACUACAUGUAUUACCAGCACAAUUCAAUUAUUGAAGGAGGUUGGAAGAUGCCCAGUUCGAAUGAAACACAUACACCAAAUCCUCAAUUUUUAUACAAAACUCGCGUGCAAGAAUGUUGUAAAGGAGCAUUGAAAGAGGGCGUAACGCAGGAAGACACAGAUCCUUUAAAAAUGUUAGGAGUGCUACGUGAUAAGAAAGAUAAAUACAUACGUGACAUCGGCUUUAAAAAUCAUGCCUUCAACGCGCUUAUUUCGAACAAUAUUGGACCUUACCGUGAGGUACCUGAUACACGGCAUAAGGUCUGCUCACGUGAACCCACCGAUCGUAAUGAAGAUUUGCCAACAAUUUCAGUUAUUAUGUGUUUUUACAAUGAACAUAAAAUGACGUUAAUACGUUCCAUUAACUCCGUAAUAAAACGCACUCCACCACAUAUACUAAAAGAAAUUAUACUUGUAGAUGAUUUUAGCGAUCUGCCUGAAUUGGAAUUUCACUUGCUAAGCGAUUUACAUGCCCAACUACAUUAUGACCAACUGCAGUAUAUCCGUAAUGAGAAACGUGAGGGACUUAUAAGAUCGCGCGUCGUUGGUGCUCACGCUGCAGAGGGUGAUGUGCUUGUUUUCCUAGACUCACACAUUGAAGUUAAUCAACAGUGGGCAGAACCACUUGUGCGUGCAGUGAAACAGGAAAAUUCAACAAUCGCUGUACCGGUAAUGGAUCUUAUUAGUCCUGAUACUUUUGAAUACACCUCCAGUCCUUUAGUACGCGGUGGUUUCAAUUGGGGACUACAUUAUAAGUGGAUAACUCUGCCGAAAGGUACUUUAAAGAAGGAUGAAGAUUUUAAAGGACCAUUUAAGACACCUACUAUGGCCGGUGGUUUAUUUGCUAUUAAUCGGCAAUAUUUCAAACACAUUGGCGAGUAUGAUGAGGGCAUGGAUAUCUGGGGAGGUGAAAAUAUCGAAAUCUCUUUCCGUGUGUGGCAAUGUCAUGGCGCCAUAAAAAUAUAUCCCUGCUCACGCAUCGGACAUAUCUUCCGCAAACGACGUCCUUAUUCGGCACCCGAUGGCAAGGAUACCAUGAAACGAAAUUCACUGCGUGCAGCCCACGUGUGGAUGGAUGACUUUAUGCAAUAUUUCCUAAAAGAAACAAAUUCUGCGCGCGACAUGGAUUAUGGUGACAUUUCAGCACGUUUGGAGUUGCGAAAUCGUUUGCAAUGUCACGAAUUCUCUUGGUAUUUGAAAAAUGUUUACCCCGAAUUGGCACUACCAGGACAGGAAACUAAAAAAUCGGCAGCUGCUGGUGUUUAUCAACCAUGGCACUCGAGAAAACGUAAUUACAUCGCCACCUACAUGAUGCGUUUGAGCGGCACCAACCUAUGCGCCUCCGUGGUGGCGCCCAAAGUGAAAGGUUUCCUAAAGAAAGGCAGUCCACUCAUUUUACAAGCAUGCAUGCGUACACGCAAUCAAAUUUGGUUUGAAACGGACAAAGCGGAAAUAGUUCUGGACAAACUGUUAUGCCUCGAAUCGUACGGCGAUGCGCAAGUGCACAUAAAUAAAUGUCAUGAAAUGCUCGGUGAUCAGCAGUGGCGGCACACGCGCACCGAACACAGCCCCAUUUACAAUAUGGCAGCAGGCACCUGUAUGCGCGCCAAAGGUGCACACAUCGGAGCACGCAUUGUAUUAGAUCUAUGCUCUAAGGAUGAGGCUAGUGCAUGGGAUAUCGUGAAAGUAGAGGAAGCAUUAUGAGAUAAGCAUAAACGGAAAACAAAUGAAUUGCGACACUAAGCGUGUUGUGCGAAAACUUGGAAAUGCGCACACACACGAACAAGCACACAUGUCAGGCGCCAUAAGUAGUGCAAACUGGAAUUAUAGACUGAUAUUACGGCAGAAAUAUAGUUAUUAAACAAACAUAAUUAUAAGAUAAAAUUUGUAUAAAACAAUGUGUUUCAUAACUAAAGGUUAUUUUAUACGAACAACUCUUUGCAAACUGAACAAGUUUAAAGAUAAUAUUUUUGGGUUUAAAGUUGUAUUAAAUUUUUUAUUAAUUCCAAGCUCUCGAACAAUAAUUUUACGCACCUUGUGCGCUAUUUUUCAAAUUUUUUAUAUUUAUUGGUUAUGAAACGCAAAAUACUAUAUGAAUAUGUAUUUGCUGUAGUCUGCUAACUUUUCUUCAUUUGCUAAUGGUUUUAAAGACAAUUUAUAUUUUAUAUAUCCGCUUCUAAUUUAGUAAACAUUUGGGUACGCAGUCACACUGUUAAAAGUCCUUUGAAGCAUCGAAUGUAAUUCGCUUCAUUAUAUUGUCCAUUUUAUAUUUUAGUAAUUUGUAUUUUUAUACCUUCAUAAGUAUAAUGAAAAUGUAAAAAGACAAUGAAAGUCAUAUUUCAUGAAAUAUGUAAACACAUUACGUAAGUUUAAAUACAGUUAAACCCAGUAAAAAUUAAAGUUGUUAUUUUUAUGUGAUUUAAGAAUACCAUUUUAUUACGUGUCUUCUUACAUUUUGUUUAUAUAGUCUAAAAAUGGGAUUUCUUCAUAAAACCUACACGUUUGUUUUUAUUAUUUUUCAGUUUUUACUAUGAUACAUGCAAAUGAAAAGCUUGAAAUGACAAAGGAAGAGGCAAUUUUUUAAAUAUUGUUUGAUGGGGUCUUUGAUUAAGGUUAGGUUAGGUUCUACAAAAAAAAAAUAAAAAAUAUUCUCCAGCUGAAAUAAUCAUGCAAAUUUAAAUAACUCGCAAUAGAACACUGUAUUAAUGGAUAGUAAAAUUUAUAAAGUAGACAUUUUUCCGAAAAUCUUAACAAGCACUAUCAAAUAUGUGAAACAUUACAGCUUUGCCCAUUUACAUAGUAUAUUUUUUUGGUCUUUACUUAUUGUUUAAACAUAAUUGAAUUGAUUUAAUUUUUUCAUCUCUAAUUAUUUGCUAAAACUUGAAAAAAAAAAACGUUGCUUUAAAUGUGUAAUCAAAAUUAUACGACACGGAGAGUUAGAAAACUCUCUGGGCGGAACUUUGUUUAUUUUAAGGUGGGGUGAAAUUUUGGAUAAUUCUAUUUUAUAAUUUUGCGCUGAUAAUAACAUGUGUAGUGAACUAUUCUAAACUAUAUAUAUUCUUAUACAUUUAUUAAAAAAUUGUAUAUUUAUAAUUGUAUUUCGAGAAAAAACUUUUUGAUGCCUUUACUUGGACCAAUUCGUUUAUUAUAUUUUUUAAAUUACUAAAACAUACUCGCAGUUGAUGGAUGAUAUACAUAAAGUGUUUAUAAAUAAUUUAAGUAAUUUUAAUUGUUUCAAAAGGCUAAACAAGACAAAUUUUAUACUUUUUAUGAACAAAUUUAAAUAUUAUUUCCUUGCAUUGCGCAAUGUUCGACUCAAAAAUAUUGUAAAAUAAGCGAAUGUGAGCUUUUUUCUGCUUAUGUGCAGAAUUUAUCGAUUUAUUCAACACAUUUUACUAGUAUAGCUAGAUCGCUUGUUUUAUUUGAACUACCCUACGCACAAUAAGAUAUUGUUUCAUUUGCAUGUACAGACUAUACUAAUGAUUUUUAAAAUAUAGCGACAAUUUUGUUCCAAACGUUCCUACACACAAUAAAAGUACUCAAUAAAACUGUAGAUUGGCUAAAACAGUUGUAGUUGGGGAAUUUCUCAAUUAUUUUGCUACACACACGCACCACAGGUGUAUGUAUGUAUGUGUAUUGAAAUACAAGAAGUUUACUAUAAUGCGCAUACACGCUUUAAUAUUUUUUUUAAACAAUUUUUUUUUUCACAUUGCAUUCUCAGCAUUGCCAACUGUUUAUAAUUCGCUACAAAUUGUUCGAUAUUACGUUUACUAAUUUAUAAACGUAUGUAUAUGUAUAUAUAUAUAAUUUUGUAAUAAUUAUCAUUUAUGUAUAUAUAUAUAUAAUAUUUUUUUUACUUAGAUAAUAGCAUUUUUUUUUUUGUUUUUACACAUCAUUUUGCUUCGUUAUAAUUAAACUUAACAUUAGAAGAGGGAGGGGAAAAAUAUAAUAAUACAUAAAAAGAGGAGAGUAACGUGUAUGAAAAAAAUGCGAAAUUUAACAUGAACAUUGAUCUUUUGUAUUAGGUGCUUCGUUUGUUAGCGAAGUUCGUCCCGGUUGUGAGGGUCGAUGUUGUACGCCCGAUUCGGAAGCGUUCAAAUCGAGACGACCCUCUUGUAUGUUUUGAUAUAUUUUACGUGCAGUUUCGAGAAAUGCUUCUUCCACAUUUUGAC